AUGGCUACGGAACGACGUAUCAAGUCGCUCAAAAUGCGACUUCGAAGUAUCGAGACGUCGUUCAACCUGAUCAAAGUCUUCGUUGAAAACUUCGACGAAGAAACUCAGUCGAUGGAAGUUCCCGUUCGGCUGGAGAACCUGGCCGUGUUGUGGGUGGACUUCGGCAAAACGCAAGCCGAGCUCGAAGCAGCUGAUGUUGAAGACAAUGCGGUGAUGGAGCAUCAGCUAAAGCAGCGGGCCCAGUUCGAGACGGACUACUACCGGGUGAAGGGUUUCUUGCUGUCCGUGAAUAAAAGUACAUCGCCUCAGAGCUCCCAAUCUUGUCACUCCGGUGCGCAUUUCCCUACUUCUUCGCAAAUUCGGCUCCCAGAUGUGAAACUUCCUGUUUUUAAUGGCGCUCUCGAAAAUUGGUUGAAUUUCCAUGAUUUAUUUAUUUCGUUGGUGCAUUCGUCGACUGAAUUGUCCAAUAUUCAGAAGUUUUAUUAUUUGCGUUCAUCAUUAGCGGGGGAUGCUUUAAAGCUGGUACAAACGAUUGCGAUUAGCGCCAAUAAUUACCCAGUUGCGUGGAACUUGCUGAUAGAUCACUUCCAAAAUCCUGCACGUUUGAAACAAGCCUAUGUCGACUCCCUUUUUGAGUUUGCUCCGUUGAAAAAGGAAUCUGCAAGUGAUCUUCAUUCUCUGGUGGAACGAUUCGAAGCUAAUGUCCGCAUCUUGAAGCAGCUGGGAGAGAGAACCGAGUUUUGGGACGUAUUGCUGAUUCGUAUGCUCAGUAUUCGUCUUGACCCCACUACACGAAGGGAUUGGGAAGAAUUUUCGUCGACUCAUGAGGCAGCUACCUUCCCAGAUCUGGUCAGCUUUCUUCAGCGGAGGGUCACCGUUUUGCAGAGUGUGAGCAACGUUCAACUGGAUACUUCCUCUUCUUCGGCACCCAAAAAACCGGUUCAUCGAUCAGCAAUCAUCAGCAAUGGAGCUACUCAAUUCUCACCACGCCAAUGUUUCGCCUGCUCUGAACACCAUCCACUUUAUCUAUGCCAGACGUUCGCCAAGAUGACCAUCGAAGAUAAAGACAAACUAGUACGCCGUCAACAACUCUGUCGGAACUGCCUACGUAAGGGACAUCAAUCGAGAAGUUGUCAAUCCAAGAACUGCUGUCGAAAAUGCCGAGGGCGCCACCAUAGUCAACUAUGCAGCACAGGUACCAGCCAGGGUGAAUCCAGCAAGCCGAGACCGGAGGGCAAUACAUCCAGGGAUUCUAACCCUACCAGCGAAGAAGUGUCAUCAUUAUCUGCAGCAGUCGGGAAACUUCCCAAGAAGGGUCACCCUAACAAGGUGCUUCUAGCAACGGCCGUGAUCAAACUGACGGAUGAUUACGGCAAUACUCACUUCGCCAGAGCGCUCCUCGACUCGGGUAGCGAAUGUAACUUCAUCACCGAGUCAUUUGCGCAAAAACUCAAAGUUCGUCGCACGAAAGUUCAUCUGUCAAUCUCCGGAAUUGGUCAGUCAUCCAUUCAAUCUCGCUCCAAGCUUCGCACCACCAUUCACUCUCGAGUUACCGGAUUUUCGACCAUCGUAGAGCUCCUCGUACUGCCAAAACUCACUCUUAAUCUGCCAUCCGCCACUCUAGAUAUUUCUAAUUGGAACCUUCCGAAAGAAAUUGAACUCGCAGAUCCUAACUUUUACCAAACCAACCCUAUCGACAUCGUCCUUGGUGCAGAAAUAUUCUUCGAUCUUUUCAAACCGCCUGGCAGAAUUCCACUUGGAGAUUCACUGCCUGUUCUUGUGAAUUCUGUUCUGGGAUGGGUUGUUUCUGGGAAAGUUAACAACUCCACUGCUACCAGCUCCGUUAUCGCCAAUCUUGCAACCGUCGCAGAUAUUUAUCGCCUCAUGCAACGAUUCUGGAUCAUCGAAGAAACAGAUUCAGCUCCCUGUAUGUCGGUGGAAGAAGCCGCCUGCGAAAAGCACUUUUCGCAGAACGUUCAACGCACCUCAGAGGGUCGAUACAUCGUUCGAUUGCCGUUCAAGGAACCUGUUUCCAGCGUAGGCGACAAUCGCAGCAUCGCACAGCGUCGAUUCCGGAUGGUCGAGUCUCCCUUGCAACGAGACACCAAUCUACAGGCUCAGUAUCACGACUUCAUGGCCGAAUACGUCACCUUAGGGCACAUGCAGCGAGUAGACACUUCUACUCCACCUACCCAGCAGUAUUACCUUCCUCAUCAUGCGGUGAUUCGCGAAGAUAGCUCGACUACCAAGGUGCGAGUCGUCUUCGAUGCUUCGUGCAAGUCAGGAUCUGGCAAAUCUCUCAACGACGUGCUCAUGGUCGGGGCAGUCAUCCAAGACGACCUUCGUUCCAUCAUCCUGAGAACCAGAAUCAAUCCCGUUUUGCUCAUCGCCGACAUCCAAAAAAUGUACCGUCAAAUCCUGGUCGACGAACGAGACACUCCUCUCCAGCGGAUUCUUUGGCGAAGUUCACCGGACGAGCCUCUCAGCACGUUUGAGCUGAAAACGGUCACCUACGGCACAGCGAGUGCACCAUUCCUGGCCACCAGAACCCUACAACAAUUGGCAGACGACGAAAAAGCGGAUUUUCCUAUGGGCGCGGCGAUUCUGAAGAGAGAUGUGUACGUAGACGACCUGGUUACCAGCGGAAGGACUCCUGAAGAACUGGCGGAGGUGCGGAAUCAACUUGACCAAUUGUGCCGUCGAGGAGGUUUUGAAUUCCGGAAAUUUGCGUCGAAUAUCGAAUCCGUUCUUGAUGGCAUUCCUUCCGAACGACGUGCACUUCAUUCAUCAGUCGAGCUCGCAGCUGAUCAGACCAUCAAAACCUUGGGGUUGCACUGGGAACCAGCUUCGGAUCACUUCCGGUUUCAAAUUCGGUUACCUGAACACUCUCGAGACGUGGUUCUCUGCAAAAGGUUGGCCCUCUCACAAAUCGCCCAGCUGUUCGACCCGUUGGGAUUGGUAGGCCCUGUCAUCGUUACUGCGAAAAUGUUUAUGCAGACUCUGUGCAGUCUGAACUCCGACGACGGCAAGCCAUGGGGAUGGGAUCAACCCCUACCACCAUCUCUGACCACGUAUUGGCAAAACUACUAUGCGCAAUUACCUGUCCUUGAUCAGCUUCGAAUCCCACGAUGCGUCGUGCUUCCCGAAUUUGAAUCCAUACAGCUACACCUGUUUUCUGACGCUUCAGAAAACGCCUACGGGGCCUGUGCCUACUUCCGAUCAAAGGACUCAUCAGGUUGUAUUUCCGUCGGCCUUCUCACGGCCAAAUCCAAAGUCGCUCCUUUGAAAAAACGCAGCAUUCCCCGGCUUGAACUUUGUGGGGCUCUCGAGGCAGCCCAAUUGUACCAGAAAAUCUCCUCAACCUUCGGAAGGAAGUUCGAAACAUUCUUCUGGGUCGACUCAACCACGGUGCUCGCCUGGCUGAAGGCGACUCCCUCAGUUUGGACAACUUUCGUGGCCAAUCGGGUUUCAAAAAUCCAGCUUGCAACAGUCGGCGCUUCCUGGAAUCACGUAGCUGGUCAAGAGAACCCUGCUGACCAUCUGUUUCGAGGAAUUGACGCCAAAACGCUGAUCUCCUGCAAACUGUGGUGGAAUGGACCAAAUUGGCUUCGGUCCGAUGACUUUUUGCAGCUGACAUCGCCAUCAAGCACCUCCUACGAGACCCAUCUAGAGUUCCGCACAUCCAAACCGGUCGGCCUAACAGCCUCAGCAGACAGUUCCUUCAUCGACACCUUUGUUGGCCGAUUCUCGAAAUACCAAACCAUGCUACGCGUCACAGCAUUCUGCCUCAGGUUGUCACGCAAGUCUCGAAGCGCAGAAGCCAGAAAAAGAACGUUCCUCUCAGCGACGGAAAUUCGCGAUGCCGAGAAUGCUCUCAUACGAUUGGUGCAAGCUCAAGAAUUCUCCGAGCACGUAGCAGCCCUGCAAGCAUCGAAGCCAGCUCCAAUCAGGUCCCAACUCCGAUGGUUUACGCCGUUCCUGGAUGCAGAUCGCCUGAUGCGUGUUGGAGGACGAAUCGACAGAUCAGCUCUAAAUUACGACGCCAAGCACCAAAUUCUUCUUCCGUACAAUCAUCGAUUCUCCGCCCUGUUAGUGGAGUGCUUACACGAAAGGCAUUUGCACGCAGCACCUCAAUUGCUGCUUGGAAUCAUUCGAUUACGGUACUGGAUCACAGGGGCCAGAAAGCUGGCCAAAACAGUAGUUCAUCGCUGCAUAAUAUGCGUCCGAGCUCGCCCUAAAUUGGUUGAACAAUUUAUGGCAGAGCUACCAAAGGAACGCGUCGUUGCUGCCCGACCAUUUUCGGUUUCCGGUGUCGAUUAUUGGGGCCCGAUCCUGCUCAAACCUCCCCAUCGUCGAUCAGCCCCAAUCAAGGCAUUUGUAGCGGUGUUCGUCUGCUUUACUACGAAGGCUGUGCAUAUCGAACUCGUUUUCGAUUUGACGACAGCCAAAUUCAUCCAGGCUCUUCGUCGCUUCGUGUCUCGCCGAGGGCCACCAUCAGACAUCUACAGCGACAACGGGAGAAACUUUCUUGGUGCCAGCAAUGAAUUGCGAAAACUUCUGCGCUCGUCGGACCACGCACAAGGAGUUGCUGCCGAAUGCUCCGAUUCCAACAUCAGGUGGCAUUUUAAUCCGCCACGAGCAUCUCAUUUCGGCGGAUUAUGGGAAUCCGCAAUAAAUUCCGCCCAAAAACAUUUCCUUCGAGUCGUCCGUGAUCGUCCGUUGGCCUACGACGAUAUGGACACAUUAUUGUGCCAGAUAGAGUGCUGCCUCAACUCUCGCCCGAUUACUCCACUGAGCGACGAUCCGACGGAUUUCGAGCCGCUUACUCUAGGGCAUUUUCUAGUGGGCACCUCCCUAAAAUCCGUUCCAGAUGACAACUACAACGACAUCCCAUCGAAUUAUCUUCGGAAGUGGCAGCAAACCCAAAAGCUGUUGCAGGACAUCUGGCGUCGAUGGCACCUAGAAUAUUUGUCAUCAUUAGCACAAAGAUCUAAGUGGCACAACUCACCUGUGAUACUCAAAGAAAAUCAGCUCGUUCUUCUGAAGGAGGAUGGAACUCCACCAAUUCGCUGGCCCACAGCCAGAAUCACCAAAUUACAUCCAGGGACUGAUGGCAUCACGAGAGUCGUCACUCUGCAGACCCCGAAAGGCUCUUGUAUCCGUCCGGUGGCAAAAAUCGGCGCUGAACUUGUUUCCUGUGGCCGAUUGCAUCACCACCGGAGAAUCAAAACCACUACCGGCGUUGACCAAUCAGCUACAGAAACAGAUUGUCAUCACACGGCCAAAACACUUCUUAACACUUCCGGCGGGUCCAGUAUUGAUGAACCAUACAAGGCACUUUAUUCUUUUGGAUCAGGUGAGUCCCUGUCCAAAGAUCCUAUAUUCCUCUUGGAAGUGCUACCGGGUCUUCAAUUUCAGGAACUAACGAGACGAAAACACGACACCGACCGACGAACGAAUCCACAACAGCGACCGACGAACGAAUCCACAACCGCGACCGACGAGACGAAUGACAACAAAACUGCGACCGACGAAAUGAAAACGCGAGGUGCCGGCUCAAAAGUCAAAAGUAAACAACACCUUCACGCUGCGGGGGAAAUAAUCAUCGGUGCCCGAGUUUUCAACCAAUUGGAUGCUGUCAGAAAUGGGUAUUUCUGA